AUGUGCUCCCGUGGGACCUGCCACGACUAUGAGUCCUCCUGCCACAGCUCCCGGUCCUCGUGCCAUGGUGCUCGGUCCUCCUGCCACGACUCGGGACCCUCCUGCCAUUACACCAUCCAGAGGCAACCCGUGCAGAAGUACACCUAUGUGUCGCCGUGCUGCCCCCCAGUGAAGCAGUACUGCCCCCCUUUGCUGCAGUACUGCCCCCCGGUGAAGCAAUACUGCCCCCCAGUCCCGUGCUGUCCCCAGUACACCAAGAACAUCUGCAAGCUGCCCCCACAGUGCCCCAAGUACUAG